AUGGCGGGGUCAGCACAUAAUACCUACUCAAGGUCACCUAUACCUUCCACGGCAUCUUAUGAUUCUUCCUCGGUAUCCUCCGCUGCGUCGCCUGGGAUGCAAGGAGUAUAUGAAGGUGGGUUGAUGGGCGCCUCACCUAGGGCGAUGAGCGGACAGCAUCCUCAGCACAUCAAUCUUCCCUUGGGCUACAAUUCAUUCCAAAAUCCAUACGGGUCAGCAGCCACAUCACCAGGACCUCCUGGAAUGGAAUCAAUGGCUGCCUCCACUGGAUCUUCAAGUGGCACCCCAGGCGCCUCGGGAGCUCAGAUGUCUUCUGCAAAUAUGCAAGCACAGAAAAGGGCCUACCGACAGAGGAGGAAAGAUCCCAGCUGCGACGCUUGUAGAGAGAGGAAAGUCAAAUGCGACGCAACCGAAACAACUAGCUGCUCAGAAUGUUCAAGUCGCAAUGUCAAAUGUCAGUUUACCAAGGAGACCAACCGGCGGAUGUCGUCCAUCAAGCAGGUCCAAGAUCUGGAGAAGCAGAUUACACUAGUCAAGAGGGAAAAUGUUCAACUACGAUCAAUGCUGAACAUAAGGGAUUCGGAAAUAGGUGACGGCGAUGUACCUCAACAAGCCUCAUUAACACUGCCAGAAAUUGGCUCUCACCCGAAAAGAAGGCAACCACCUCCACCACCCCACGAUCUCUCUUCUGUGCGGACAAAUAUUCGAAACUUUGGUCGAGGAAUUUUCAAGCCUCCUGCACCUUAUCGCCAGAUUGGAUCACAAGGAAAUUUCAAUCCUCCUCGCCCAGAAUUGCCGCCAAAGUACGUGGCAGAUCAUCUUCUUAAUUCCUACUACGCAUCCAUGCACAUGAUAAUACCUAUUCUGCAUUGGCCUACUUUUCAGCAAGAGUACGAAGCUGUUUAUAAGUCCGGGAGUCUUCGUGGUGUCCCACCAGUAUGGAGUUCGCUGCUUUUCGCCGUCUUAGCUGUAGGGGUACUCUUCAGUUCGGAACCAAGCAUACACCGCCCGCAACAAGGGAAAGAGUUUAUCGAGGUUUCACGGACACUGAUAGAUAUGUGGAAUGACGAGUUUGUUAUUGAUCAUGCACGAGCUGCGAUCUUGACCAGUAUCUUCCUCACUGAGUCAAAUCUCAAAUCAGCCGCUUGGACAUGGCUUGCUUCUGCGGUCCGGAUCUCCCAAGACAUCGGCCUCCAUUCUGAGACGGGCCCUUGGCCUGUUAUUGAAGGCGAAAUGCGACGGAGGGUCUGGUGGGGAAUAUAUGUCUGGGAUCGAUACAUGUCCUUGGAAUUGGGGCGCCCUCUGCUAAUUGAAGAUACCGACUGCGACGUUGGUUUGCCAGCAGCAGUCGACGACCGUUAUAUCCAUGAUGCCGGCAUGAUGGCUCCCAAUGGCGCCCCUCCCGCAUACAACUUUAUUAUACCCAUCAUUCACGUUGUGCGUGCUGUAUCGGAACUUAUCAAAACGCUGAAAUCACCAAUUAUCUCUACCUCGACCCUUGCCACGUUCGACACGCACUUCAGCUCUUGUAUGUCUGCUUUCCCCGUCGCUUGCCAAUUGACCGCGAAUGAGCCUCUUGACCCCCGAAUGCUUGCACCAAUUUGCCAUCUGAUGAACGCACGGUUGGUUCUCCAUCGACACAACCUGACGACAUCCUGCCCUCCAGAAGUCCGAGCGAACGCGAUUGACCAAUGCAUACGCGGAGCAUUAGACUCGACAAACUUAUUUGCUCGUGCGAUGACCCCAGCCCCGAAUCAAGUCUUUCCUCCAUUUGGCCCCACUGCGAAUGCAAUGACCUGUACUCACAUCUGGCGGUGCACCCUCUUCUUACUAUUUGGAGGCCAUUUCGAUGCUGCCCUCACCUGCAUCCGUGCCUCGAGCAAUAUCUCGACACUCCGAGACGUCAACGUUGCUUGUGGCCGAAAUAUAGCAUUUUUUCUUAGCAUCCUAAUCGACAAACGGCACGGAGGUGGAAAUAAAGGAUAUCCUAUUGGAAGAGAAAUGGACGAGGAGCUAAUAGCAUAUGUAUCUGGCGAUCUCCAAGCCAGCCCCGAGAAUAGUUGGGUAUGGACCGGAAGCGAAACGGGCAUGAAUAUCGCGGCGAAUUCUGGCUCCAAGGUGGGACCGAGUCCUACGCUCAUGGGUACUGGAAGGGAAGAUGGCAAUACUGUAUUAACAGACGCCGAGGCGAGGGACUGGGGUGGGUGGGAGAGAGUUGAGCAAUUGGUUGGAGUUUUGGCUCGUGGUCAAGGUGGUUAUGGUCAGUGGUUACCGUCACGUUAUGGGUCGAAUUCGGGAAAUGUUCCUGUGAAUCAGCGGAAAGGGAAUGAGCGAAUGAGCAUUACGAAUAUCAUUUGA